ACUUUUGAAGUAAUUACCUUUUUAAUAACUUUCAUUUUUUUUUGAUUUGGCAUAUUUUUCACAAGACUUAAGACUUCGGUUGUUCAAUGCAUCCAUAAGGAAGCGAUAAAGGUAUCGAAAGCUGAAACUUUUGAAGUAAUUACCUUUUUAAUAACUUUCAUUUUUUUUUUUGAUUUGGCAUAUUUUUCACAAGACUUAAGACUUAGGUUGUUCAGUGCAUCCAUAAGAAAGCGAUAAAGGUAUCGAAAGCUGGAACUUUUGAAGUAAUUACCUUUUUAAUAACUUUAAUUUUUUUUUUGAUUUGGCAUAUUUUUCACAAGACUUAAGACUUUCACUUCUCUUUUGAGGGCAAUACCGUUAUAAUUAUCCUAAUGCCAAAAAACAAACGAAUGUUAAAUACGACUAACUGUAGACAAAGGAAUUACUGUUAAAUAAAAGUGUAUAAAAGAAAGUUUUUCUUGCCACUCAGACAUAAAGAAGGAGCUUUUUUUUCGACAACACAUCGUUUUUAAGUUUUAUAGAAGAUGUAUAUAAUAUGGUGUUUACUGUUUUGCUUAACGACCACACCCAGUACAGAUGGGAAAAUUAUCAGAGUUUCAAAACCAUCUGGUGUGGAUAACUCGAUGUGUGGUUCAGUUUCAACUCCUUGUAAAACAUUUAUGUAUGCUUUCACACACAGAGCUGAGGAAAAUGAUUGCAUUUUAUUACAUGGUGGUGGUGAUUCACAUUAUCCAUCCACUUACUAUAUCAAUUCUUCAUUGCAGAUCAAUUUCAACAUAACAAUCAGGGGAACAUACCCUUCUCCUGUUUUAACAAGAAGUAGCAACAGCAGUGGCAGCUUUCCACUUUUUAUCAUCAACAGUUCCAAGAUUGUCGACUUGUAUUUAGAAGGAAUUCAUUUUGAUAACAUAUCUCUGAUUUACAUCUCGUCAGAUGCAAAUUUGUUUUUGUUCAACUCCACAAUAACAAACAACAAAAACACAAUGAUUUCGUUCGUACGGAAAAGUAAACAUUUACGAAAGGCAUGCACAGUAAUCAAGGACUGCUUAUUUAUUGAAACUCGUCACGUGAUAGAAAAGUACAUCACUUUUACUUAUUCACUAUUCGUCAACAAUAGCCGAUUUAUCAACUGUACCAGGAUCUUCACCCUCCUUGUACAAAAAUACAGGAAAAGAAAGUAUGGGGUCGUCGAUUUUAAAAUUUAUCACAGCAACUUUUUACACACGAAAAAUGUGUUACUCUUUGAUGAUUCUUGGCCCCGAAAAUCGAAACUAAAAAUAUAUCGAUGUAGCUUUACGAACAACACAGGAUUAGGUGUCCCCUUCAUUUUGACUAAAAUGGGACAAAUUCUAAUACAGCGAUCGAUGUUUAUAAAUAAUUAUGGCAGUGCGGUUGGAGUCCUUUUAUUGUCAAGCAUUCUUAAAGUAUCAAUAACAAAUACAAAAUUCAUAAAAAAUAGAAGCUUUUCCUUAAACGGUGGUGCAUUGAAAAUUUCCAAAGUACCAAAUUUUUUCAUAGAUAAAUGCGUAUUUCGUGAAAAUAGAGCAAGAAUGAGCGGUGGUGCUAUUUAUAAAGUGCAUAGUAAAGUAUUGAUCCGAAACUCUAUAUUCGAUAGCAAUUCAGCACAGUCUGCUGGAGGAGCGAUAUAUGGAGAUGCAUCCAGUCAGCAUUUAAAAAUGGAAAAUGUUACAAUGUACAGCUCAACAGAUAGCAAAAAAGUUCAUGGAAGUCUGGUUAAUAGCGGAAACUUAAAUUUUAAGGAUGUUACAAUGGUUGUAAGACCAGUGGACGGUACAAAAUAUAUCGAUGGACUCAUAAAUGACUCCGGUGCAUUUCAUGGACACGUUGAUAAUUUUACUUUUAUUUGUCCUGCUAACAAUAAAGUUGAGUUCAACACUCGAAAAUACUUUUAUGCGUUGUCCAUAACAUGUUCCAGUUGUCCUAAGGGAAGCUACAGUUUAAACAACGGUCAAAUCCAUUUUAUAGAUGAUUCUAAGCCAUAUGUGCAGUCAAAUGUAACUUGCAAGAAGUGUCCUAGCGGAGGCAUAUGUGAUGACAACAUUCUAACCAGUCAAGGCAAUUUUUGGGGAUACGUUACAACAGGUGGUGAUGUACAUUUUAUACCCUGUCCUCCAAAGUAUUGUUGCAAACCAGGAAAGUGUGAGAGUUACAAUUCUUGCUACAACCAUCGCGAAGGAAGAUUAUGUGGGAGAUGUGAAAAAGGAUAUUCUCUAGACAUCUUCAGCCAGAAUUGUGUUUUGUCAGAGCAACGAAACACGAGUAUAUUCUGGAUUAUGUUCAUUGCGUUAGGCUUUACAUUGACUUAUACACUGAUGUACUUAAAGGAAAUCACCAAACUUUUUGGCACUGUCUUCACAAAGGUAAAGAAACUCACGCAGAAAUGUAGGUGUUUCAAGGAGAACCAAUUUGACUAUACAAGCUUAAAUGAAAGUGCGUAUGACAACCUAAUAUCCAAUGGAAAUGCUUUAGAACUAUUAUCUACCAAGGACACAAACAAUUUGGGUUUAUUAAAAAUCUUCUUCUUGUUUUAUCAAACAGCUUCUUUAUUGCACGUUCCCCACCCAAUGCACCAUGGCUUUCUUCUGCAUUUCAAAUCUAUAGUGUCGUUAAUAUUCGCCUUUAAGUUCAUGAUUAAUGAAAAUUUAUCAAAAUUACCUCCAUUAAAUAACAUGGGCACAAUUGAAGCUGUAAUUAUCAAUGUUGGUUUUGCAACAAGUUUGUUUGCUGUUGUUCUGUUAUCAUAUCUAGCAUAUCUUGCUGUGAAAAAAGUAAGAACACUGAUUGGGAAGGACAUGCCGGCUGAACCAACAACCGUUACAUUUCCUGUUAGAUUAAAACAAACUUUUGUCCAGCUUCUUUUUCUGUGUUACAUUCGCAUCAGCAGCACGGCCUUUAAAAUGAUCCAUUGUACUGACAUUCGAGAAGAGAAAUAUUUGUAUGUAUAUGGAGAUAUUACCUGCUACACAUAUUGGCAAUACAUUGUCAUGUUGUUUACAAUAAUUUGGGUCUUCCCAUUUUCGGUAGCUGUCUUCGUGGCAACUAAAUUAUAUGCAAAGGGACAAAUCUCGACGCAGAUGUUUAUCACCAUACUGUUAUUUCCUCCCUUAAUCGUGUUCAAUUCUAGACUGAAAUCAACUGGACAGCAAAGUCAUCAAAGUCAGUUUGAGCAGGAAAAUAUAUUGAACGUGAUCAAUGGACCAUUCAGAAUCAAAAUUACAUCAGAGGAAGAAUUGGAUCAAGCCCAACACAAAAUGAGAAUAAACUGGGAAGCAAUACUGAUCAUCAGACGUCUUGUCCUCGUUGCAGUAAGCAUAUUCGUAAUCAAUCCUCUUUCUCGUUUGUACCUCAUGCUGCCAAUUCUGGUACUGGUGCUUUUGUUGCAUUUAUACGUCAAGCCUUAUCACAGUGAAAGAAUGAACUCAACUGAAACAGUUACCAUUCUUCUUCUCCUGAUAUUAACAACAGUGAAUUUGUUUUGGGCCUGCGACUAUAUGGGUUCACUCUCAUCAAUAGCACAAUACGACUCCAUCACAACUGCACUGGGAUAUGUCGAACACUUGAUCUAUAUGUCACCAUUUAUUGCAUUGUUCGUUUUUUGGGUGCACUCUUUGUGUCAGAGAGUAUGGGCGUGUUUGAUGCAAUGUUUGAGAGCAUAAAAUUUUGAAAGUGGAAGAGAAAGGACUCAAUUUGUUCCUGAAGUUGUUUUAAAGUGAUUUGUAUCUUAAUAAAUAACAAUUUUAAAAAAAGUAUCUUUGUUUGAGCUUUAAGACUUAACCGCCUGCAUGUAGCUGUUGAUAGUAAAUAAAGUAUUAUAUAUUCGU